AUGAAGUCCGCAUUGGCCAUCAUUAUGUCUCUGGCGUUUGGGUCCGUAUUCGCAGCUGCAGUUCCCAUCGAUUCAGCAAGCGUUAAUGUUGUUGAACGUCGCGAAGCCAAUGCAGAAGGCGAGAAGAAGAGGCGGGAGGCGGUGGCGGACGAUCCUAAUCUUAGAAACUAUCGACUCGAAUACUACACUCAAGACCUUGCGGCUGUCGAGAAGGAAUAG